UGGAUUAAUUUACACAAUCUUUUAAUUUCCAUAUCUUUAUAUUUCUCUAGGACCUUUAUCUAUUCAGCAAUCACAAGAGGAAGACCUACACCUUUAUACAUAGUAAUUUUGGCUGUGAUAUUUUGUUCAUACAAUGGUUUCUUACAAGGUCAUUGCAUGGUUUAUGCUGCAACCUAUCCACAAAAUUGGUAUACAGACAUCCGAUUUAUAUCAGGGGUUGUCAUUUUCAUCCUUGGAAUGGCUAUUAAUAUUCAUAGUGACCACAUAUUGCGUCAAUUGAGAAAACCAAGUGAACUUGCCUACAAGAUUCCACAAGGAGGAAUGUUCAAUUAUGUGUCUGGAGCAAAUUACUUUGGUGAAAUUGUGGAAUGGUUUGGUUAUGCUAUAGCAACAUGGUCCCUCCCAGGAUUUGCCUUUGCAUUAUUUACUCUGUGUUCCAUUGGACCAAGAGCUUAUCAUCAUCACAAGUAA